AUGGCAUUUGAACGAAAGCAUGUCUCGAGGCUUGUGCCUGCAGAUCACAAGAUCCUCAUGCCUCUCCUUCUGGCAGUGACCAUCGUAAACUCGGCUACACUGGGUUACGAUUCAUCCGUCAUGAAUGGCCUGUUGAUCUUGCCGUCCUACUCCGAAUACUUCCACUUGACAACCGCCACUGAAGGUCUCAACAAUGCGGCCAAUUGGAUGGGCAGCAUCUUCGGUGCUUUUCUUAUGGGUCCUAUUCCCGAUCACUUCGGCCGUCGACGUGCAAUAUACAUCGCAUCAAUCGUAACGACAAUCGGCAUCAUCUUACAGGCUGCUGCUCAAAACAUACCCAUGUUCGUGAUCGCCCGUUUCCUUGUUGGUGUUGGAUCCGCUAUCAGCAAUGGCGCUGCACCAACUCUUCUUGGCGAGCUGCUCCCUCCACGUCGACGAGCCCGCGUUCUUGGUUUGUUCUUCUCGUGCUUCUAUGUCGGCAGUUUGGCCUCAGCCAUCAUCAACUAUGGAAGCCAAAACAUCCAAAGCACAUGGGCUUGGCGAUUACCAUCUCUCCUUCAAUUUGUUCCCAGCUUGCUGGCUGUCAUGAUUGUUCCUUUCGUCCCAGAAUCCCCCCGAUGGUUGAUCUCCAAGGAUCGUAACGAAGAAGCACUUGAAGUUCUGGUCAUUAUGCAGGGGAAGGACAAGACAGACCUCCAGAAGGGCAGUGAGCAGUUGGAAGAAAUCAGGACCGCAAUCUUGCGCGAAGCUCAAGAAUAUCCUCGCAAUCCCUGGAGGGAGAUCAUUUCCAGUGGGCCCAACAGGCGCAGACUGGCCAUUCUAUGCAGCUUUGGACCCAUGAUCAACUUGUUUGGUAACUUCAUCAUAUCCUUCUACCUUACCAAGAUCCUCAAUCAAGCUGGCAUUACCAACACGACUACCCAAACGCAGAUCCAGGUCAUCAUCAACUGCUGGUCAUUCGCUGUCGCUGUAUUGGGUAGCUUCAUGCUCGAUAUUCUCGGGCGCAGACUACAGACCUUCAUCGGUGUUGGCGGCAUGGUCGUUACCCUCUUGCUCAUUGGUGGUCUUAUCAAGCGUUUCGGCGAAAGCACCAACAAUUCCGCCAUAUAUGGAACUAUUGCCGUCAUUUUCCUCUUCCAAGGCUUUUAUGCUUUUUCGAUCACGCCAAUGACAAGCUUGUAUCCAACCGAGGUCUCGCCAUUCAAGCUACGUGCUACAGGUAUUGCCAUCUUCCGCAUGCUUGACUCGAGUGCUGGUCUUCUUGCUUCCUUUGCCAUGGCCUAUGCAAUGGCCGAUCUGGGAUGGAAAUUCUACUUCAUCAACGCUUCAUGGGACUUCAUAUUUCUUAUCAUUGCUUAUUUCACCUUCGUGGAAACCAAGGGCUUGGAGCUUGAAGAGAUCAAUGCGAAAUUCGGAGACUCGACAGUGGUUGAGGCCGUGGCGGAAGACUCCGCAUCGAAUGACAUGGGUAGUAAGGACGAGGGCUGGACAGUGAAGAUGCAGUCCCAGUAA